AAUAGAUGACUAUAAUGAAAAUAAUAAUUUAUUCAUUAAAGAAGAAGAAAAAGGAAAAAAUAAGAUAAUAUCUGUUCUAUCGAAAAUUCCACGGUGGAAGCUUUUAGUGCCAGAUGAAUUUGUCAACAUAAAAUUUUACAACAAUAAUUCUUAUUGUGGUCGUAUUAGCAGAAAAAUGAUGGAAGGAGAAGGAAUAUAUACAUGGCAUAACGGUGUACAAUAUAAGGGUCAAUUUGAACAGAAUAAAAUUCAAGGGCGAGGUCUUCUGAAGUGGAACAAUAAUUGUUGGUAUGAAGGCGAUUUUGUGCAUGGUCUUCGACAUGGCAAAGGUAUCCUGGUAGACAAAGAAAACAAUCGCAUAUACAUCGGACAAUGGUACAUGGAUCACAAUGUUUAAUUUAAAUAUUUAAUUAUUGGUUUAUUUGAAAUAUUUUAUGUUAUUACGUAAUUGUAAUUAAUUGUUAAGAUUAUGCAAUAAAUUUAAUAAGACGCAACUUGAAUAUGAAAUAGAUUAAUACUGUAUUAUUUGAAUACAAUAUUUUAAGAUAUAUUUUUAUAUCUGUUAUGUCUUUCGUUUAUAGAAGAAAUUUUUUAAAUUGAUUACGAAGUUUAUUUAUAUAGCGCAAAAUAACAAAGCAAAAAGCGAAAUUCUAAUUCAAUUGUAUAGAAUUUCACGUACAUUUGUAUUGACCAACUUUUUUUUCUUUAUAAAUAGAG